ACCAGAGCCAUGGUGUGUUAAAAGUCUACCUGCUAGAAUUCACUUUCUCAGAUCAUUCACAAAGCAGAACAAUACUCUGUACUCUCUUUUUCUGGACCCUGCUCAUCGCUUGGUUUAUCAUAUACUCUGAUCCUCGGAUGAUGAUGACUGGAGCAAGCCAUAAGACUAUUGCACCUGAUGAAUUCCAGAUUCCUCGUGUUAUCACUCCUUUCCCUGCUCCUAAACUCUCGCACUUACCUAUGUUUCAAGGUGAUCACAAAGAAAGCUUGUAUUGGGGAACUUAUCGUCCACAGGUGUAUUUUGGAGUUCGAGCCAGAACUCCUCAGUCUCUCGUUGCUGGCUUGAUGUGGCUCGGUGAUGAGAAAGAUGAUGAUGGGAAGCAUGUGAUCAGGCAUUUCUGUGAAAACUCUGAAGAUCUCAAGUCAUUUGGCUGGAGAGAACACAAUGGAGUAGACUUUGGGAGGCAAGAGCUGUUUGAACAAGAUAUUAUACUGGAGACAAGUUUUGUCAAGUCUAAAGAGGGAAGCCUUGGUUAUGGAGGGGACUGGUCAGCUCGAAUCAAUCUUAUAAACAAAGGGUUGAAUGAUGAAGUACAGAGAACCGUGCAUCUCUUCUUCUACAUAGCUGAUGAAGGUGGCAAUAUUCUAAAUUUAGGCAAAGAUGUAUUGGAUCCUAAAGAGAGUUCUCUUCUGGCUUCUGGUUCACGUGCAGACGUAGGAAGCUGGCAGAUGCACUUAACUUCACAGUCACAAGCUCAUCUUGAAACACAUUAUUGCGGUUUCAAGAACCCUGACAUUGUCAAUCUGUCUGAUGCUGUUCAGAAAAAUCUCGCUAUACACGAAAACAAGUCUGCAAGACUCCAGCUCUCUGAUACAUCAGAGGAUUCUUCCAGCAUUUAUGUUUUUCAGAUUUCCACAACAACUCAAUCUACUAUUGAUAUUGCAUUUGUCUCUGGGAUAAGAGGAGACACUUCUGAUGUGGAACAUCGUAUUAGGAGUCUUACAGGUUUGCCACUCUCUAGUCUACUUGAAGAGAAACAUAUAGCAUUUGAUGCAAAGUUCAAGGAAUGUUUCCACCUUUCUGAAAAGCUUGAUUCUGAAACUUUGAUGGUUGGUAAAGCUGCAAUUGGGAACAUGCUUGGUGGCAUUGGUUACUUCUAUGGACAAUCAAAAAUCCAGGUUCCUACAAGUACUCAGCUGCAGGCUAAAAGUCAGGAAGAAUUCUUGCUAUAUUGGCCAGCUGAGCUGUACACAGCAGUUCCAAGCAGGCCCAAUUUUCCUAGAGGAUUUUUGUGGGACGAAGGCUUCCAUCAACUGUUGGUCUGGCGCUGGGAUUUCCGUAUAACCUUGGAGAUCGUUGGAAACUGGUUAGACUUGAUGAACAUAGAUGGAUGGAUACCGCGUGAGCAAGUCUUGGGAGAUGAAGCUCUGAGUAAGAUGCCAAAGGGGUACGUUGUUCAGAUCCCAAGUAAUGGCAAUCCACCUACACUACUUUUGGUGAUACACGACCUGAUAAAUGGGAUAAGGGCAGAGAAAUUUAACAAGGAAGAAAGAGAUGAAAUCUUGUCCUUCCUUGACCUAGCUUUUGUACGGCUAGAUGCAUGGUUUCAAUGGUUCAAUACUUCCCAAAAAGGGAAGGAGAUGGGAAGUUACUUUUGGCAUGGCAGAGACAGUUUAACAAAUCGGCAACUAAACCCUCAGUCUCUUUCCUCGGGAUUGGAUGAUUAUCCGCGGGCUUCUCACCCAACUGAAGAUGAGAGGCAUGUAGACCUCAGGUGCUGGAUGUAUCUUGCAGCAGAUUGCAUGAACUCCAUCAUAGAGUUUCUUGGGGAAAAAGACAGACCUGCGACGGUGGACUAUCGCUCAACUGUCAAGCUGCUUGCAGAUUUCAAUCUCCUGAAUCAGAUGCACUAUGACCAUGAUCUUGGGGCUUACCUCGACUUUGGUAAUCAUACGGAAGAUGUUCGGUUAGUCUGGAAAGAGGUAACUGGAGAGGAUGGUCGUGUGUCCCGAGAGCUUGUAAGGGAGACAUUUGGGAAGCCAGAGCUAAGAUUGGUACCUCACAUUGGUUACGUCAGCUUCUUUCCCUUCAUGUUUAGAAUCAUCCCACCUGCUUCUUCAAUCCUCGAGAAACAGCUUGAUCUCAUUUCAAGCAGGAGCACUGUAUGGAGUGACUAUGGAUUACUCUCACUUGGCAAAACUAGUUCUUUGUACAUGAAGUAUAACACUGAGCACGAAGCACCCUAUUGGAGAGGUCCGAUAUGGAUGAACAUGAACUACAUGAUUCUUUCUUCCCUGCACCAUUACUCUAUAGUGGAUGGACCGUACAUGGCCAAGGCAAGAAGCAUUUACGAGCAACUAAGGAGUAACCUAAUAAGGAACGUGGUUAGAAACUAUGAUCAGACUGGAUAUAUCUGGGAACACUACGACCAAACAAAAGGAACCGGAGAAGGUGCACGCGUUUUCACUGGCUGGUCUGCUCUUAUCCUCUUAAUCAUGUCCGAAGAGUACCCUCUAUUUUAGUAAUCGAAUUUGAUUACUAACCUUUGCAAACUUUGAACUUCAAAUCUUACCAUGCGUGUUUGUGAACAAAAUAAUGAAGUCUCUUCCAAAGAUUUUAAUAAACCUUGAUCAUCAGCGCGGAGGUGUUUUUCUCUUUUAUGUUUGAACAUGUGUUCCUUAUUCAUACUGUGUCUGAGUGUUACAGUAAUUAAAUUAAUAUAUUUUCCUCGACCAAA